AAUAAAAAUGCAAGGUUUUUUUUGUGACUAAUUCUCAAUUUAUUUAUAUUAAUUUUUCAACUAUUAGUAUUUUAAAUGGCUAUCAGUCUGUAAUUAGUGUACGGUUACUUAUUUGUUAGUUUUUCACUAAAUUAAUGUGUUUUUACGUUUGAUGACCCUCAGUACUGUGACGUAGUCUGUAGUCCGAUGUGUUUUUGUUUUAAAAUUUUGCAAGUAUUUUAAUGAUUUUAUUGUGCAACUGUGUGAAUGAUUGGAUUGCCUAGAGAUUUUAAAUCAAAUAAAAUCACCGUGAAAAUUGAUAAUAUGAAACGUAGAAGUUAUGGCGACUCUCCUCCUAUGUCACGUAAAAAACGUCAUAGCAGUAUUAAUAGAUAUGAUGGUAGUUCAGACGAGAGAGGAUCACCAGAACGUCUGCGUCGUAGAGCUAGAUCACCACCCAGUCCCAGAGCAUCCAGAUAUUCAGAACGUGAUGAAUUUGGCCGUUCUAGGGAUUUAGAUAGAUCCCACCCUACAUAUAAAGUAUUAUGUGUAAGUGCUUUACAUCCAAAAGCUAGUGAUGAACAAGUCAAAGAAACACUAUAUCGAGAAUACCGAAAAUUUGGUGAAUUUUCUGUUAGAAUAUCUCAUGAACUUGAUGAAAGGGUUGCAUAUGUAUGUUUUAGAAGCUCAGAAGAUGCUAGAGAUGCCAAACAUAGUAAGCCUAGAAUAAGUUUGUUUGAUAAAAUAGCUUUAGUUGCACCAGUUUACGAGAGUCGUAGUUCUAGAGAUCAUUAUGAAACAAGAGCAAGACGUUCUCGAUCCCGAAGUUUCUCUCCAGAUUAUGAUCGAUAUUAUCACAGGUCUCCCAUUCCUACAGAACUUCAUAGGCCACAUCCAACUGAUAGGUUUUAUGAAAGGUUACCUUAUGGUACUCUUCCUCCCAUGCUGCCUCCACGAGAUUUUAGAGAAAUAGGUUUGCCACCAUUACAUCCUCAUGAACUUAUGAUACCUAGAGGACCAUUAUUACAUCAUGUAGCUCCUAUUCAUCCACAUUUAGGACCAAUUCAUCCGCUGUAUGGACCUCCAAGACAUUUCAUGCCACCAUUUAGACCACACCCUCAUCCUCAUUUGAUGCAUGACAAAAAAGACAAAUUUCCAAACUAUUUGCAUCACAUUCCACCAGAAGAUGACCCAUUAGCUACACGUACUUUAUUUGCUGGAAAUUUAGAAAUUUCUAUCUCUGAUGAAGAACUUCGUCGUAUAUUUGGCCGAUAUGGAGUUGUUGAAGAUAUUGAUGUUAAACGACCAUUACCUGGAACAGGAAAUGCAUAUGCAUUUGUUCGUUAUCAAAAUUUAGAUAUGGCUCAUAGGGCUAAAGUUGAAUUAUCUGGUCAGUAUUUAGGAAAAUUUCAAUGUAAAAUUGGCUAUGGAAAAUCUACUCCUACUCAAAGAAUAUGGGUUGGUGGUUUGGGUCCUUGGACAUCACUUGCUCAAUUAGAACGAGAAUUUGAUAGAUUUGGUGUUAUUAAGAAAAUUGAAUAUGUCAAAGGUGACACAUGUGCUUACAUACAGUUUGAAAGCAUUGAUGCAGCAACUGCAGCUGUCAAAGAAAUGAGAGGAGUUGCUUUAGGAGGUCCAGAACAUAAACUAAGGACUGAUUUUGCUGAUGGAGGUGUUUGUGGCAGUCCUACAUUAACUUAUUCUUCUAAGUCCAAAUCAUCUCAUGAUGAUGUAGCAGCAACUGCUGGAGAUUUACGAGAGCUAACUAGACGAGAUGAAUAUCCAUAUAGUUGGCCUGAUGGUGAAUAUCCUUCAUAUAGUUCCAGAAGUUAUCGUAAAGGUCGUUCGGAAUAUGGAGAAGAAGGCAGAGAGUUUGGUAACUAUGAUAAUGGACGUUCAUUUAAACAGCAUUCUGUUUCUGAUAUUGGUUCUCCUCGAUCGCCUGAACGUUCACCUCUUCAUCAAUCAAUUGACAGUGAUGUAGAAUCUGAAGAAGGAGCAAUACAAUCUGCUGGAAUUUUGGGUUCUGUUCGUACCUUAAAUGAUUUGGCUCGCAAGUGUUCUGAUAUAUGGCAAGGAAGUCUUGUAUUAAAAAGCUCUCAGUUCCCAGCUAAAUGUUAUUUGACAUCUGGUGAUCCAAAUGUUAUAGAAUCAAUGAUGAAAGAUGAAGAUGGUAAAUCUACAUUGCGCAUUACACAACGUUUACGUUUAGAUGAACCAAAGUUAGAAGAUGUUUCUAAACGUAUAAUUACUGCUGAUAUGCAUGCUAUAUUUUUGGCAAUGCCUUGUUCAACUAGCUCAAUUGCUAAUGAUGAUGCAUCAGUACAGAUUAGACCAUUACGUAAUUUGGUGUCCUAUUUAAAACAAAAAGAGGCAGCUGGGGUCAUAUCAUUGGUAAGCAAAGAUCCUGAGCCAACAGGUGUAUUAUAUGCAUUUCCGCCUUGUGAGUAUUCAGCUAAUUUACUGAAACAAAGUGCUAAAAACUUAAGCAAUGAAACAUUAAAAGAUGAUCAUUUAGUUGUAGUAGUAGUUAGUGGGGGUGUUUCAUAAUACAAUCUAACUAAAAUUUGAAGGUCCAUUGCAAAUACUUGUAAUGGACCUAUUCAUAAUAUUUUAAAUGCAUUAUAACAUAAAAUAUUUAUAAAUAUAUUAAUAAUAUAUUAAUAUAUAUUAAUAUUUAAUAAUAGUUAAUUUUAGGUUAUUUACUUUUUUAUUCUACAUAAUUUGAUUUAAUUCUUUGAAGCUACAGCUUCAACAGUACAAUAUAACAAAAACAGCAUAUAUGUUUUGCAAGCAUUUUGAAAGCAUUAAUUGAUAACAAAUCAAGUUAUUGUGGUUUAUUAAUA